AUGAGCAUCCCCCGCCCUCGCAGCGCCAGUCCCGCCCCUGCCUCUGCGGCAGCCGAGCACCCGCACGAAGCGCCCAAGCCCAAUCGCCACGGCAACGCUCUCGGAGGGGGCCACAACAUCGGAGACCCGUAUCUAGGGCGCAGACACUCCUCGCUCGACCUUGCGGGCGAGGGUAGUGGAUUUCGAUUUCCCGUCUAG